AUGCCGUUGGCCUCGUUUCCAGCCGCCUUCAAUCUAACGGAACUGAAAAAAGGUUUCUUUCCUCAUGAGUUCAAUUUACCCCAGCACCAGUCCUAUGUGGGCCAAAUUCCUGCCCUUGAAUUUUUCGACCCGGAUGGCAUGAGUGAGAACAAGAAAAAAGAAUUGGAACAAUGGCAUGCGGAGCAAGUGAGGCGUGGAUUGCAAUAUGACUUUGUUAAAGAAAUGGAGGAAUAUUGUAAAUCGGACGUGGCGUUGUUACAAGCAGGGUGUGAAGCUUUCACCAAAGAAUUUGAACGUCACGCCGACUUCAACCCCUUUGCCAAAUGUGUGACCAUCGCCAGUGCCUGUAAUCUCUAUUGGCGGAAACACUGCCUUCAAGAAGACACCAUCGCUGUGGAACCUCUCAAAGGAUGGCGCGGGGCCAAUGUGAAUCAAUCUGUCAAGGCCUUACAGUGGCUGUAUUUCAAAGAACAAGGUCUUGCCAAGCCGGAUGCCAGUCCAGACAGAAUAAGACAUGUCAGAAACGGGGGUGAGCAGAGUGUGACGUGCGUGGAGGGCCGCUACUUCGGGAACGGAUAUGAUCCCCAAUCCAAAACGGUGUACGAGUUUCACGGCUGUUUUUGGCACGGGUGUCCUCGCUGCCAUCCCGGAAAUCGCCACGCAAGACAUGCCGCCAAUCCAGACCGAACGAUGGAGGAGUUAUGGCGCGCCACUUUGGCCAAAGAAGCUGCUCUCCGUUUGGACGGUUACACCCUCGAAGUGAUGUGGGAAUGCGACUGGGACGCCCUGUGCGAACACGAUCCCGCCGUCAAACGAUUUGUGACCGAUUUUUCUUUGGUGGAACCCCUGCAACCGCGAUAUGCCUUUUUUGGAGGAAGAACCGGGGCCGUGGCUCUUCACGUGGUGGCCUCGGAAGGAGAAGAAAUACGCUAUGUAGACGUGACCUCCCUUUACCCGUGGGUCAACAAGAAUGCCCGUUACCCCAUCGGACAUCCUACCAUUUUGACCCAACCGAGAGAUCAAGACAUUUCCAACUAUUUUGGCAUUGCCCUCGUGGAUAUUCUCGCCCCCGCCAAUCUGUUUCACCCGGUACUUCCAGUGCGAAGUGGCAACAAGUUGACCUUUCCCCUUUGUGCGGCCUGUGUCAAGCAAGAACAAGCCAAUCCCAUGCUGUUGCGUAGCGACAGUUGCUGCCACACCCCUGAAGAACGGAUGCUCCGUGGAACUUGGUGUACCCCAGAGAUUGAAAAGGCAGUGGAAAAAGGUUACAGAGUGGUACAAAUACAUGAAGUGUGGCAUUUCCCCCCUCAUCAGCAGCAGGAAGGUCUUUUUAGGGACUAUGUCAACACGUGGCUGAAAUUGAAACAGGAGGCAGCUGGUUGGCCACGUUGGUGCGAUACCGAAGCCAAAUAACAACAGUACCUAACCCAGUACAAAGAAAAAGAAGGUAUUGACCUGGACUAUGGAAGCAUUCAGAAAAAUCCAGGGCGAAAGGCCACCGCCAAGCUCAUGCUCAACUCCUUCUGGGGAAAAUUCGGGGAACGUCAAAACAAGCCCAGGACCAUGACCAUCACCUCCCCUUCACAGUUGUUUCCACUCUUGUUUCACACCCACACAAAUCUGUCCACUCUUCGCAUUUGUACAGAGGAUGUUUUGGAAGCUGUCUAUACAGAAUUAGAUGAAAAUGUCGUUCCCAGCAACAAAACGAACGCUUUCAUUGCGGCAUUCACGACAACCUGGGCGCGGUUACGUCUGUACGAAACCUUGGACGUGCUGCAAGAACAGGUUCUCUACUACGACACGAACUCUGUCAUCUACCGAUGGAAAGCGGGACAGCCCUCUAUUCCCAUUGGUGACUUUUUAGGAGAGAUGACAGACGAACUGGAAGGAGAUGUGAUUAUAGAAUUCGUAUCGGGCGGGGCCAAGAACUAUGGUUAUAUCACCAGGAGCGGUAAAACCGAAUGUAAAGUUCGCGGCUUUACCUUAAACGUCAGAGGCAAAGAAGUGUUAAAUUUUAACACCAUGAAAGCGAACAUUUUAGCGGAAAUCGAGGAUCCCCAGGAAGAGAGGCGUGUCAUUUGGGUUAACAACCCAAAUCAUUUUAAACGUGACACGACCUACAAGACCAUCAAAUUGGUCAACCAGGCCAAACAAUAUGGACUCGCUUUUGACAAACGUGUGAUAGAUCCGGAAACAAAAAUCAGUUAUCCUUUUGGAUACAGUGUUGACAGAGUGCGACGCACAAAACGUAGAUAUUUUAUUAGAUUUGUAAAAAAAAAAACCGUUCCCGACAGGAUUCGAACCUGUAAGCCUCAAGUCCCACCCCUGGCUGGCUGGCUGGACUCAUUGGCCGAAAGCGAGAACUUCUUGCCAGUACCGGCGAUGGCCACUGAACCAUCGCUUUCCCGGCCAUUUUUUUGAUGACUUUUUAAACUUUUUAAAACGAAAUGGGCGUGACGUCAUUAGGAGGUCACACACGACCCGAUUGUAACGCUAGGUAUGACGUCAGAAUAAAAUUGGUUGAAACGUGACUUUUCGUGUGUCUUACAUGACUGGGGAAUGUUGGGAGACUUUUCGUGAUGGUUUUACAUGCAGUACUUACCCCCAUGAAAUCCUGGACGCUGAUUGGUCGACAGCGAAUUAAUUCAGUCACGUGUUUGAAAUACUCGAUUCUGAUCGGCUGUGUGAUGAAGUAACCAGUAUUACUACUAUCAUUAGACACAAAAGUCGAUGAUGUUCUGGAUUUUCCUUACAAGUUUACUAGAAUGGUCAACAACAAACGUGUAGUCGUGGGUCUUAAACAAGAGAGGAUCCUUAAGUUAAAGCAAUGCAUUGAAGAAUCAGACAAAGGUGAAACUGCUGUUUACUUGGUUUGCGAAGAUACAAACACGAAGGUCGUAGAACAGCCCAAUGUCCAGGAACCAAGUACUUCAAAGGAUGACGAGCAGGUCCCGCCGGCAAAGAAAGCUAAGAUUUCUCGGCAGCCCACACUGUUUUAUAUGUUUACGCCAAACUGCCCGACAGUUGCAUCCCAAUCCCGUUCAGCGGCCAGAGCAAGAAAGAUCAAGAUCUUUAGUGCGACUGAAAUUGAAGAGAGUACAGGAAUGCAAAAAAUAUAA